AUGGAACACCACGCACAUGGUACUUCGUACGGUGUCGCGAUGUUUCUAGCAUCUGCCGUAGACCAGCAACAGGCGUUACCUAGCCGUCGGCGCCUCCUACCGGCCGUUGCUGCUGUUCUUGCUCCUAGUCCUGCCAGUGGCUCAUCCAAGAAGAAGACCGCAGCCGCCACCACAGACACUCCGCAGUGCGACCCCCUCAUACAGGAGCGGUACGUCGCCGAGCUAGCCGUGCAACGCGCCGUGCUCGCAACCAAAACCGUCCUCCUCAACUGGCCUCCCCGCCCCACAGCAGCCGCAGCUCAAGCUGCUGCUACUACGGCCUCGCUCGGCCACGUGAAGAGGCCAGGCGCCAAAACCGUGGCCAAAGCCGGCUACCCGCCCGUGAGGGUCGCCGAAUUUGCCGGCCGAGCCCUUCUCAUUGCCGCACUGAGGGAGGCGUUCCCUCGGGACGGGUUUCUCGGUCAGGAGACGGCGGAUGAGCUACGCGCUAACUCAGCGAUGAUGGAAGAAGUGUGGAAGCUCGUGAAGACCACGGAGCUUCAGGAUUGGAGGCUUGAGGCACUCCUGGGCCGGCCCCAGUCAAGGGAAGAACUGCUGGCGCUACUUGAUCUCGGCGGGGGCGUGAAAAGAGCGGAGCCGGGGAAGCGGUACUGGGUGAUGGCGCCCGUGGACGGGACGGCGGCGUUUUUGCAGGGUGGGCAGUACGCCGUAGCGCUGGGGCUAGUGCUGGAUGGGCGGGAGAUACUGGGCGUGGUGGCGUGUCCGAAUAUGCCGGUCACGACGGCGUUUGCGGCGCCAGCUGUGGUCAGGCCCAAGGCAGCCGCCGCUGCCGCGGCCGCCGGACAGGACUGGGCGGUGGACAAUCUGGAGACGAAUAUUGACAAACAAGGGCUGGGCAUCAUGAUGGCGGCGGUGCUGGGCCACGGCGUGACGAUCCGGAGGGUUACGAACGGCAAGCUGGACAAGCCCGCGAAGGUCGACCGCACCGGACUCCCACCGCCGCCCCAACCAAACUCGAUUCCCGGCGCGGCCAAGUUCUGCGAGCUAGUCUUUGUCGACUCGGAGAGGAGCUCCCUGACGCAGGCGCCCAUGGUCAAGCUGUUUGCCUACAAGGGCUACGAAAAAUCGGUACAGCUAACCUCGUCGCAUAUGCGGUACGCCGUCAUGGCUCUGGGCUACCGCAGCUGGGCGCAGAUCCGCUGGCCAAAGGGCCCCAGCGGGAAGGGCAGAUGCAGGUGGUCGAUCUGGGAUCAUGUCGGCACGCCGCUCCUCUACACCCAGUCUGGGCCGGGCGUGGUGACGGAUAUGAAUGGCAUGGACCUGCGAUUCGAUGAGGGGACGAACUUGGAGAGUACGUGGGGCGUAAUCGCGGCCGAUAACGGUAUCCACCACGAGCUCACCCACAUGGUGUCCCUUGUGCCCAAGCCUGCCUAA